AUGCCUAAUAAGAACAUUGAUAUCAAGACCAUCAACUCUGAUGUUGAGUUAUCGCAGUUUACUUUGCAGCCUGUAGAGCCAGUAUAUCGCGAGGAGACUUUUUCUGGCAGCGAUGAACCGAUAACUGUGGGCCAGGAAGUGGGGUCUAGUAAUGCGACGACGACGACUCCGUCGUCGUCGUCUCGACUAGUCUCCAAACGUCAUUUACCCAGAGUCAAGAUCUUGGGUACCGGUGGGACUAUUGCAUCUAAAGGUGGUAAGGCUUCUGACACUGCAGGGUAUCAUGUUGAUUUGACCAUUCAUGAAUUGUUAGAGGCUAUCCCGGACAUUACGGACGUAUGUGAAAUAGAGUACGAACAGCUUUGUAAUUUCGAUUCGAAAGAAAUCGGACUGGCAGAGUUGUACAAGAUAUAUACAGGCGUCUGUGAUUCUUUGCAGAAGUUCGAUGGGAUAGUCAUCACUCAUGGUACCGAUACGUUGGCCGAAACGACCUUCUUUAUAGAGAGUACGAUUGACGCUGGCCAAGUGCCAAUUGUGUUUGUUGGGUCCAUGAGACCUUCCACGAGUAUCAGUGCGGAUGGUCCGAUGAACUUGUAUCAGGCUAUUUGCAUAGCAGCUAACCGGGAAUCUCGUGGUAGAGGUGUAUUGAUCUCAUUAAACGACCAGAUCAGUGCUGGUUACUAUAUUACAAAGACCAAUGCGAAUUCGUUGGAUUCGUUCAAUGUUAGACAAGGUUAUUUGGGUAACUUUGUCAACAACGAGAUCCAUUAUUAUUACCCACCGGUGAAACCAAUCGGCUGUCACAAGUUCAAAUUGAACCUGGAGGAUGAUCUUCAAUUACCGGCAGUUUGUAUUCUAUACGCACACCAGUGUUUCUCACCGGAACUUGUCGAGAUGGCUGCGGAAAGAUACGAUGGUAUCGUUAUUGCGACGAUGGGUGCUGGAUCUCUUUCCACACCAGUCAACGAAAUGUGCAUGAGACUCAAGGUCCCGAUCGUGUACUCCAAGAGGUCCAUGGACGGUAUGAUUCCUGUGGCAAACCUACCGUUACCACCCUCGGACCCUUCUUCCACAAUCAUUGCAUCAGGUUAUUUAAAUCCAGAAAAGAGUAGAAUUUUGUUACAGUUGUGUUUGAAGCAACAGUAUAACAUGGAGAAGAUAAGAACCGUGUUCAAAGGCGUCUACGGUGGGUGA